GGCUUUGACAGAAAUCUUUUUGUUAUAAACCCACAGAAUGUGUACAUUGUUCAAUUAAAUAUUACGAUGAGAAAUUUUUGGCCGAUCUUUUAAAUUAGUAAAUGGUGUAUUACCUAAAGAUGGGUAUAUGACGUGGAAAAAAAAACAUAUGAUAAAUGACAUCAUAGUAUUUAAACUUACAAAAUGGAACUAUCAACACUUUCACCUGAACUGGAAAGAAACAAAUCAGAAAUGGAAAAUGAACUUCUAAUUAAACUUGGAGUCAAGAAAGAAGAGUUUGACUGGCAUCCGGAUAUCAUAGACCGUAAAUCAGAACGUCCCAAGUCAAGUAUUCAUAUUGAGUAUCCUUUGGAUAUCAAAGUUGGACGACCGAAAAAUAAUACAACAGAACAGAAUCGUAAUCCAUGGUAUUGUAACAACCAAGCUCUCAGGCAAAUGACAAUGGUUUCAAGACACGGCCCAAGAAGUCUAUAUUUCAACAAACAUCGAACAAUGUCAAACACUGUCAAUAUUCUUCGUAUUUAGUAAAUUAUAUAUACUAGUACUCAUAUGUUAUUAUUGUUAAUGGUACAUAAGCUUUGAUAACUAAAUUGUUAAUGCACCUGUACACCGGCGAAUCGAGACCUGUAACUCUUAGUAAUAAUCUUUUUUCAAAGCCCAAUAUUCAUACAAAAAAUGACACUUAAAUCUUAAUCUUUGCUUGCAUAUUGGUGGGGUAUAUGAGAAUCGCGUUCUUUCAAUCACUGGCGCUUGGUUGCAUAGACCCUCUUUUUGAUUGUCUUCCAUUUUUUAAUAUUUUAACUUCUUUUCACUGAUUUAAUGUGUUCUCUCUUAUCCAUAAGAUAUUACGAUAAGCUUAUAUUUGCUGCCCUUUUAUAAAUCUACAAAUUUCAACAAAUAAAUCAUUUAUUCACGUCUCUUCAGGAAAAAAAUUCGAAAAGAAAAGUUUAUCAUAAUACAAAUGUAUUUAUUAUUUUCAAGAUUCUCUGAAAAAUCGUUAGUUUGGUAUAUAGUUUUGAACAGUCUUCCAAAUCAUAUCCCAUUGAAUUAGCCUUGGUGAGUUUAUUAUACCCCGCAAUUUUGAAGCGGGUGUUAUAGUGAACCGUUCGUCCCGCUUUUUGUCUCCACUGCUGCAGGCAUCGGUUUCCAGUACCACAUGAAACAAUUUUGUGAAACUUUCACAGAAUAUUCACCGACUCUCUUCUCCCCUAUAACUAUUGAGCCCAAGUGCAUCUUCAAUAAUGGCCACUCUCCAACAUUGUAGACUAUAAUAUACUAGUAAUUCAUGACUAAAAUCUCGUAUUGCUGAUAUUUUUUGUUGAGAUUCACUUUAUCUGCUAUAGUUUUUGCCCAAACCACAAAAAUGGAAAAAAUCAUCAUUCAAGGACAGUUACUCCUACAAGAGCAAUUUUGACAAUCUUGACCCAUUUGUCGAUCUUGUCUUGCUGAUUUCCUUUAGAGUUUAUA